CGCCGCGCCCUCCCCGCGACGCUGGUGGCGUAAGCGCGGGCCGCGGCGGCGCUGCGAGACGGGCGAGCCGGGCGCCCGCGCGGCGGGGACGGCCCGCGCCCAACAUGCGGAGGCCGGCGGUGCGGGAGCGGGGGCUCGAGCGGGCGCCGGAGCCGGAGCGAGAGCGGGACCCGGAGCGGCGGCCCGCGCUGCGCUGCUGAGGGAGCCUGGGCCACCCAGCUCGGCCGGUUGGUCGCGGGGCCACGGCGGAGGCGGAGAGCUGGGAGCCACGAGAUUUGAGGCAGCGGGACCUGUCAGCAGAAUGUGUCCUCUCCCUGCGUGCGACCCUGAGGCCACCGAGAUGAGUGCCGCAGCCUGGCCCUUGCGAGCACCCACGUCUCACUAGCUAGGAGUCCACCAGGCGCCAUGGUGUUCUAGCCCCGAAGAGCCACCUGUGACCUCAGGUCUCCACAGACCCAGGAUUUGUACAGCAGCAGAGUCACCGUGGAGAGGCCAGGGUACCACAAACUUAUGGAUUUUGACAAGAAAGGAGGGAAAGGGGAGUCGGAGGAGGGCCGGAGAAUGUCCAAGGCUGGCGGCCGGACCAGCCACAGCGUCCGGAGCACGGGGACCAGUUCUGGGGUCCUGAUGGUGGGCCCCAACUUCCGGGUCGGGAAGAAGAUAGGCUGUGGCAACUUCGGGGAGCUCCGGCUAGGAAAGAAUCUCUAUACAAAUGAAUAUGUAGCUAUCAAAUUGGAGCCCAUCAAGUCCCGGGCACCACAGCUGCACCUAGAGUACCGUUUCUACAAGCAGCUCAGCACCGCAGAGGGUGUCCCUCAGGUCUACUACUUUGGCCCGUGUGGGAAGUACAACGCCAUGGUGCUGGAGCUGCUUGGGCCCAGCCUGGAGGACCUGUUCGACCUGUGCGACCGCACGUUCACGCUCAAGACUGUGCUCAUGAUCGCCAUCCAGCUGAUCACCCGCAUGGAGUAUGUGCACACCAAGAGCCUCAUCUACCGCGAUGUGAAGCCGGAGAACUUCCUGGUGGGGCGGCCAGGCAGCAAGCGGCAGCAUGCCAUCCACAUCAUUGACUUUGGCCUGGCCAAGGAGUACAUCGACCCCGAGACCAAGAAGCACAUCCCAUACCGCGAGCACAAAAGCCUGACGGGCACGGCGCGCUACAUGAGCAUCAACACACACCUAGGAAAGGAGCAGAGCCGCCGUGACGAUCUGGAGGCGCUGGGCCACAUGUUCAUGUACUUCCUGCGUGGCAGCCUGCCCUGGCAGGGGCUCAAGGCGGACACACUCAAGGAGCGCUACCAGAAAAUUGGGGACACCAAACGGGCCACGCCCAUAGAGGUGCUUUGCGAGAGCUUCCCAGAGGAGAUGGCCACAUACCUGCGCUACGUGCGGCGCCUGGACUUUUUUGAGAAGCCCGACUACGACUACUUGCGUAAGCUCUUCACCGACCUCUUUGACCGCAGCGGCUUCGUGUUUGACUACGAAUACGACUGGGCGGGGAAGCCCCUGCCGACGCCCAUCGGCACAGUCCACUCUGACCUGCCUGCGCAAACUCAGCCUAGGGACAAAGCCCAGCUGUACAGCAAAAACCAGGCGCUGAACUCUACCAACGGGGAGCUGAAUGCAGAUGACCCCACCGCCGGUCACUCCAAUGCCCCCAUCACGGCGCCCGCAGAGGUAGAGGUGGCGGACGACACCAAGUGCUGCUGUUUCUUCAAGAGAAGAAAGAGGAAAUCACUGCAGAGACACAAGUGAUCCCUGGCAGUGGCACCCCACACCCUUCUGCUGCAGUCCUUGGGGGAGCUUGUCUGGGUAACCCACAGCCAGGACAGGGACUGUGGCCCCGAGCUGCCCGCCCCCACGUGGGUUACUUCCUUCACAUAAGACUUUGGCCGAAAUUUCUACACCUGUGUCUAGUCCUCCCUUCCAAGAGCAUUAACUAUUUAAAACAAGGAAAAGAAAACACAGCGGCCGCCCUCCCGCGCCCCUUCUGCCAUGUCUGCUGAAGUGAGUAGUGUGACCUGGAGGCGCCGGCCACCCGUGCUGUCCAGCCCACCAGCCCUGUUAGUGUCAUAAAGUCCAGCUUGUCUCCCUCUAUCCAAAGGCCAUUUUCUCGAGGGGGAGCUGUGGGGCAUUGCUGCCAGGGGUGAACCUGCCCUAGGCCUCCCCAGUCAAAGGGGAAGACGGGGUGGGGGCGGCACCCCAACCAAAAUGCUGCACCAAAGCUUGGACGGCACGGCCCACAGGUGUUCUUGCUGUGCCUGCUCCUGGAGCCUGGGGCGGCCGUUCCUGUGGCCACUUGGCCAGGGCUCUGCCCGGUGUUGGGGCUUCUGGUGUCCACACUCGGUGCCACUGAGCCACAGGAGACAAGCGCCUUAAAGCCCCGUCUCAGCCCACAGGUGCGGCAGAGGCCAGGCAGCCACGUGCGGGCAGCCAGAGCCGCUGGGGCGUUGGCAGCGGCGUGUGCAUCUAGGUGUUGCUUUACAAAGUGUACAGAAAUGGCACUUCCGUUUCUCUGAUGCUUCCUGGAAGCCAUAGAACUUAGGGGCUUUUUUUAAAAAAUAAAGGAAAAUGAAACCAGUUCUGAGUAUAACGUUCAAUCUUUAUGAGAAGCUUGGAUGAAACUGGCAGCAACGCAGAUUCCCAUGUCCCUAGGAAGGGACAGGCUAGGAGAUGGUGACAAACCUGGAGCUAGAUUGGCAGGAGGAAUGGAUGGUCAGAAACAAAUUAACAGAACUAAAGUAAGAGUUGGGUUUG